AUGUAUAUUGAUGAAUUGCCUAUUUGGGCUUUGGUUGGAGAAAAAGAGACAGGAGCUUCUUUUAUCUACACACACAAGAAAUUUGAAAUUGGAUAUAAUGGAGAUAAUAUUGUCGUUGUUGACGUUACAGCAGAAGAGAAAAAAGAAAUUAAACCAAAUAUGGAACUUUCAUUUACUUAUGAAGUUAUUUGGAAACAAUCUAAUACUCUAUUUGACAAGCGAUUUGAACGUUAUUUGGAUCCAAGCUUCUUCCAACACAGAAUUCAUUGGUUCUCAAUUUUCAAUUCAUUUAUGAUGGUUAUUUUCUUGGUUGGUCUUGUCUGGAUGAUUUUGUUAAGAACUCUAAAUAAGGACUAUGCUCGUUAUCACAAAGAAGAUAAAGAUCCCGAAGAGGAUUUGGACUUGCCUGACGAUUAUGGAUGGAAACAAGUGCAUGGCGAUGUUUUCCGUGCUCCAGCAUAUCCACUUUUAUUUUCAUCAAUUAUUGGUACUGGCUAUCAUUUAAUCACAACAGUUUUGAUAACAAUAAUGCUUGCAAUUCUUUCUGAAUUUUAUACUGAACGUGGAUCUUUUUUGAGUGCAGCAAUUUUUGUUUAUGCAAUAACAACACCAAUAAAUGGCUGUUUUGGUGGUGGAAUGUAUUCUAGAGUUGGAGGAAAACGUUGGAUUAAACAAAUGUUUAUUGGUGCUUUAUUACUUCCAAGUGCUGUUGCUGGAAUGGUUUUGGGUGUUAAUGCUGUUGCUAUUGGAUAUCAUGCUAGUCGAGCAAUUCCUUUUACUACUAUGCUAGUAAUUGUCGCAAUUUGUGCAUUUGUCAUAAUUCCUCUAAAUUUAAUUGGAACAUUAAUUGGUCGAAGCAUUAAAGGACAGGCUGAUAUUCCUUGCCGUAUUAAUGUUGUUCCACGUCCAAUUCCAGACAAAAAAUGGUAUUUAGAACCUUUUGUGAUUGCUAUAAUUGCUGGUUUUCUUCCUUUUGGCUCAAUUUUUAUUGAAAUGUAUUUUGUUUUUACAAGUUUUUGGGCCUAUAAAAUUUAUUAUGUUUACGGGUUUAUGCUUCUGGUUGCAAUUAUUUUGAUUGUGGUAACUGCUUGUGUUAGCAUUGUUAGUACUUAUUUUUUGCUCAAUGCUGAAGAUUAUCGAUGGAGAUGGACAAGUUUUGCAUCAGGAGCAUCAGUUGCAUUAUAUGUUUAUAAUUAUGCCUUUUAUUAUUAUUUCUUCAAAACAAAAAUGUAUGGCCUAUUCCAAACAACAUUUUAUUUUGCCUACAUGCUAAUUUUUUGUUUGACAUUGGGUAUUUUGUGUGGAACUGUUGGUUAUGUUUCUAGUGCUAGUUUUGUUCAUAAAAUUUAUUCUCGUAUUAAACUUGAUUAG